GACUAUCUACACGACUAGUAACUGGAAAUUUGUUUAAAAUGGGUCUCAAGGAUAAGAUGUUAUAUUUCUACUGUCGCCAUAGGCCUUCAAAGAGCAACAUGCAAAUUGCCACAGCCUUUAUGCCUUCGGCUGGAUAUUUUGGAGCUGCUGCCCUGUUGACUUUGGUUUACUACACCGAUUGGAAGGUAAUUGCCGGCUAUAUUCCACUCUACAACACCAAAUUCCCAAAGCCCGAAGGGAAGGAUGCCAAGUAAAGGGAAAAUGGAAGCUUGCAGAAUAAACAUUCAAGACCACAAACGAAACAAAAACAAGAAUUACUCACAUACUCUCUCAACUAGCAAAUCUAAAUACGAAGACAUGUGAGAAUCCAAAAGUCGUCUGCUACUGCCCAGACAGGAUAUCUAGCAAUUGCAGCAAACAAACAAGUUCACAGCAUUUCUUCCAUUCUGUUCAAUACUGAUACGAUUAAUUUACAUGAAGACACGCAAGAGCCCAACCGCUCAACAGCUGCUGGCCUCCUAGCCAGGAUAUCUAACAAUUGCAGCAAAAAUUUCACAGAAAAAACUGUUAGUUUUAUCGGCGUUAAAUAA